CCUAAUUCCAUCAACAAGAACAUAUACACGCUCAACCUGAUCACGCUGGCAAAGAUGGCUCGACUCACAGAUCUCCCGACCGAGAUCAUACUUCACAUAAUCUCUUACCUACAGUCCUACGACGACAUUGCGGCGUUGGCUGCACAGUCUUCCCAUCUUUACGAGUCGUGUGAUAUGAGGGCCCGUGCAAGAUUCCGCCAGAUCUGCAUCACAAACAAUGCCAAGCAUCUUGAGAGCGCCUUCGCGGCCCUGAUCGACAUCUUGAAACAGCCGUAUCUAGGCCGCUAUGUGCGUCAUAUUGGGUACUGGGAGUCUGUGACGAAGAUCUACAAGGACCCAACCUUCUGCGAAUUCAAUACGUCAUCACCAGCUGAAGAACACAUGAGGAUGAUCCGAGCUGCGAUCUACAGAGCAGGAUUUCCAAGCAACCUGAUUGAACGCUUGGCCACGAUAGUCAAGUUGAUCUCCGGAAUCACCUCUCGCAGGGAGUAUCAUUCAACGAGUCAUCCAGCCAAUCAUCCCCUUCUCGCGCAGGUUUUGACAGCACUUGUAAUCUCUGUGGCACCGGAGGUAGAGUCUAUGGCCCUCUCCCAACCCUUUCUCAGCAAGAUUGCCGUACCUUGGCAUACAGACUCCAUCGACUGCAAGCGUAUGAAAUUCCCUUUGCAAUGGCUUCUGCACCAAAUCAACAACAAUGACGCGUUCCCGGGUGCCCCGGGGCCGAAGCUCCUGAGAAAGCUUUGGGACGUGUACUUGAUCAACGAGACGGAGGACGACACAUCCUGGAGAGAGGAUCGAGUCUUUUUCAAGACGGACCUCUUUGGCUUCAUAGAUCUUUUUCACCGUCUUCCAUCGAUUGAGUCGUUUGGCACGGAUGAGCUGAAAGCCAGCGUCGUUGGUAAGCACGGGCUCCCCUUUGCCUCUUCGACUAUCUCCCGUAUCCGGAUCGAGCACUCGUUGGCCGACAGCAUGAACUUGGCAAGAAUUAUAUGUCUAUGCAAGCAGCUUCGAGAGUUUCGAUGCCCCAUUGGGGGUAGAUCAAUCGGCGGCAACCUUGCCUAUAGGCUGACCUCAUUUCGAACUAUCUUCCAAGCGCUUCUGGUCCACCGUAAAACCUUGGAGGUUCUAGAUUUAGGCGUCGCAUACAUACCUUUCAAGUCAAAAACGGUAGAGCGAGUUCCUCUUGACCUCAGUGAGAAUCGCGAAAAGCGCGAACAAAUGCAAUCAAUCCGGAUUGCGAAUGAAAUGGCUUUGGCCGAUAGGUCAGUGCAGCUGCCGGACUGGAUUUGGGACCAGACCGGUUCGUUGGCCGACUUCUCCGCCUUGAAGCACUUGGAUCUGGAGCUUCAGUACCUGCUGUAUAUGACGAGGGGCGUAGGAACCGCGAGGGACGAUGAAUACCAGCUCGCUGAUCGGCUGCCGCCCCAGUUGGAGCAUCUCCUCAUCGGCGAAUAUGUGAGAAAUCAGAACGUGGAGUUUGACAAGCAGGUAGAUUCGUUGAAGUUAUUGAAAAGAGAGCAGCGUUCAGCAGCCUGA